AUGUCUACCGUCGAGAAGUCUUUUGAGGAGCAGUUCAAGCUGCAGGCCGGUCUGGCCCAGAUGCUCAAGGGUGGCGUCAUCAUGGACGUUGUCAACGCCGAGCAGGCCAAGAUUGCCCAGGAGGCCGGAGCCGUGGCCGUUAUGGCCCUUGAGAAGAUCCCCGCCGACAUUCGAGCCGACGGAGGAGUCGCCCGAAUGUCCGACCCCGCUAUGAUCAAGGAGAUCAUGGCUGCCGUGUCCAUCCCCGUUAUGGCCAAGUGCCGAAUCGGUCACUUUGUCGAGGCCCAGAUCAUUGAGGAGAUUGGUGUCGACUACAUUGACGAGUCUGAGGUUCUGACCCCCGCUGACCAGUUCCACCACAUCAACAAGCGAGACUUCAAGGUCCCCUUCGUUUGCGGUGCCAAGAACCUGGGUGAGGCUCUCCGACGAAUCCACGAGGGAGCUGCCUUCAUCCGAACCAAGGGUGAGGCCGGUACUGGUGAUGUCACCGAGGCCGUCAAGCACAUGCGAACCAUCCAGUCCGAGAUCAACAAGACCCGACACAUGUCUGAGAUUGAGCUCUACACCUACGCCAAGGAGAUUGGUGCCUCUUUCGAUCUGCUCAAGAUCACCGCCAAGGAGGGCCGACUCCCCGUCGUCAACUUCGCCGCUGGAGGUGUCGCUACCCCCGCUGAUGCCGCUCUGUGCAUGCAGCUUGGCUGCGACGGUGUCUUUGUUGGCUCUGGUAUCUUCCUCGGCAACAACCCCGCUGAGCGAGCCAAGGCCAUUGUCCAGGCCGUGACCCACUACAAGGACCCCAAGGUUCUUGCUGAGGUCUCCUCUAACCUGGGCCCCGCUAUGGUCGGCCGAACCGUCGAGUCUCUGCGAGCCCACGACAAGCUCGCUUCUCGAGGAUGGUAA